UGUCAUGUGUUAAUAACCGUGUAAGAUUGUGGAUGGGGGAUCAGUCUCGUGGUAUCCACCGGUGUAUUUUGAACGAGUUUUCAUAUUGUAUAUGAAAAUAUUUAUGAUUUUAUUGUGUGAUAUUAUAAUUAGAAAUAGACAAAAUGUUUAUAAUAUUUCGUACGCUUCUCGUACUUAUGCAUCUUUUAUACAGCUUAAGGUUAAUCAUUUAUAAUAGCUGUUUAAUUAUCCAUCGAAAGUGUAUAGGAUAUUGGUAUAAUAAAAAUUCAAAGAUAGACAUUGAAAUGCUUGUAAAUAGUACUAAUAAAUUAAAAAAAUUACCAGUACAUGUGGUUAUUUUGGGAGAAAAGGAAGAUUGCAUCAAAGAUUCUAUACAAAUAAUUGUUUGGUGUAUUACAUUGGGUAUACCAUUUAUCAGUUUUUAUGGUCGAAAAGAUUUCUUAUCACAACAUGAGAAUGAAAUAAAACAAGAAUUUGCUGUUAGAAAACCAGAAUUAAUGGAAUACGUUAAUUGGAGUCAGUUGCAUAUUCCACACACACAAAAUGGAAUUACAGGUUCCAAUACUGUAAUUAGAAUAUUAUUACCAAGUAAGAAUAGUGGGAAAGAUGGAAUAGUAUUAUUAACGCAACAUUUAGCGGAGGCUGUAAGAACAAAAAAUUUACAAAUAGAAGAAAUAAAUGAAAAGUUUAUUUCGGAAAAAAUGAUGUUAAAAGGGAUACCCGAUCCUGAUUUGGCUUUAAUACAUGGACAUAUUAUUUCUACGUAUGGUUUUCUUCCAUGGCAUAUUAGAACAACUGAAUUUAUUACAUUACCUGAAUACCAUGAUGUAUCGGUAAAGGACUUUAUUUGGAUAUUACAAAGAUAUAAUAAGUGUGAACAACGACACGGUGAAUAAUAUAAUUAUUUAUUAAUAAUUUAUCUAUCUAUAUAUAUAUAUAUUUGUAUAAAAAAAAAAAAAAGAA